AUGAUGAGCAAAGAUCGAGCUGAUAUCGGCCGUGAGAGCCGUCCGUCGAGCGAGGAGAAGACUUCCGCCCAAGGCUUCCUCUGGCUGUUCCCUAACUGGCUUCUGCUGCUCUGCCCUGCCGCCGUCCUAGCCGACUCUUCCACUUACUCUUCUUCACUCUACUCUUACUUACUACUAUCACUACUGCUAUCACUCUACUAUUGCUGCUGCUGCUUUACUGUCUGCGCUCUUCUCUCGUCUGUGUAUCAUGAUGCAUCGCCGAAAGAGGAAAGGCCUCCAAAAGAAGUGGGCCUUUUUUCCUUUUUUUUUCUUUUCUUUUCUUCUUCUUUUUAUUUUUUCAGCGCUAGUCCCGAUCGAGUUUUACCGCGGAUACGCCUUGGAGCUCCCUUGGGUCGCCUGUAUCCUUACGCCUCCUUACCAAAGUUACUCACCUUUCGAGUGUCGUCUUAUGUGGGCGUCUUACCAUACCUUACCGGGGCAGCAGGCGGUCGCACCCACUUUUCAUUUCUCCUGCUGGCGCUGCUCGGCUUCUCUUCUUAUAUCUUGCUCGCCCUCGCUCUUUUUCCUGCCUCUCUCUUCUUCCCUCCUCCUCCUUCUCUUCUUCUUCUUCUUCUUAACCCGCCAUCCUCUCUUCUCCCCCUUGCGUCUCCCCUUCUUCUCUCUCUUCUCGCCCUCUCCUCCCUUUCUUCUUCCUCUCUGCAAUUCCAGCCAGUCACUGCGACUGCGACUGCGUCUUCUUACGACCAGCUAACGACCGAACCUCACGACCACCCCACGAAGAAAAAAAACCCACUUUCAAUUCAAAUAAGAAAGAAAGAAAACAAGUCAUUCGCAAUGGCCGACCACGCAGCCCAGGGGCAGGGCCAGCCUGUCCCGCCAAACCAUCUCGGCACUGCUGUUCCCAGCGGCCAGUUCGGCGGCGAGCACAAGGAUGAGGUCCAGCAGCACCAGCAGCAGCAGACCUCGGCCGCGUUCGACGAGAAGAAGGGCGCCAUGCCCGAGGACGACGAGGAGGACGAGGACAUGGAUCAGCUCAUUGCCGACCUCGAGUCUCAGGACGGCCACAUCGACGAGAUCGACGAGGAGGACGAUGACCAGCCCGGUGGCGAGCGUCCCGUGCCGGACGAGCUGCUGCAGACCGACACCCGCACCGGUCUGACUGAUGCCGAGGUCACCACCCGCCGCAAGAAGUACGGUCUCAACCAGAUGAAGGAGGAGAAGGAGAACCUCAUCCUCAAGUUCUUCUCCUACUUUGUCGGACCCAUCCAGUUCGUCAUGGAGGCCGCCGCUAUUCUUGCUGCCGGUUUGAGAGAUUGGGUUGACUUUGGUGUCAUUUGCGCCCUUCUCUUGCUCAACGCCUGUGUUGGUUUCAUCCAGGAGUUCCAGGCCGGUUCCAUUGUCGACGAAUUGAAAAAGACCCUCGCCCUCAAGGCUGUCGUUCUCCGUAACGGCCGUCUUGUUGAAGUCGAAGCUCCCGAAGUCGUUCCCGGUGAUAUCCUCCAGGUCGAAGAAGGAACUAUCAUUCCUGCUGAUGGCCGUGUUGUGACCGAAGACGCUUUCCUCCAGGUCGACCAGUCUGCCAUUACCGGAGAGUCUCUCGCUGUCGACAAGCACAAGGGAGACCACUGCUACGCUUCCUCCUCCAUCAAGCGUGGUGAGGCCUUCAUGGUCGUCACCUCCACCGGUGACAACACCUUCGUUGGUCGUGCCGCCGCCCUCGUCAACGCUGCCUCCGCCGGAAGCGGUCACUUCACCGAGGUCCUCAACGGAAUUGGAACUGUCCUGCUCAUUCUCGUCAUCUUCACCCUGCUCGUUGCCUGGGUUGCCUCUUUCUACCGCUCCAACGGCAUCGUCACCAUCCUCGAGUUCACCCUGGCCAUCACCAUCAUCGGUGUCCCCGUCGGUCUGCCCGCUGUCGUCACCACCACCAUGGCUGUCGGCGCUGCUUACCUCGCCAAGAAGAAGGCUAUCGUCCAGAAGCUCUCUGCCAUCGAGUCCCUCGCUGGUGUCGAGAUUCUCUGCUCUGACAAGACCGGAACCCUGACCAAGAACAAGCUCUCUCUCGCUGAGCCCUACUGCGUCUCUGGUGUCGACCCCGAGGACCUCAUGCUCACUGCCUGUCUCGCUGCCUCCCGCAAGAAGAAGGGUAUCGAUGCCAUUGACAAGGCCUUCCUCAAGUCUCUCCGCUACUACCCCCGUGCCAAGUCCGUCCUCACCCAGUACAAGGUCCUCCAGUUCCACCCCUUCGACCCCGUCUCCAAGAAGGUCUCUGCCGUCGUCGAGAGCCCCCAGGGUGAGCGCAUCAUCUGUGUCAAGGGUGCUCCUCUCUUCGUUCUCAAGACCGUCGAGGAAGACCACCCCAUCCCAGAGGACAUUGACGCCGCCUACAAGAACAAGGUCGCCGAAUUCGCUACCCGUGGUUUCCGUUCUCUCGGUGUUGCUCGCAAGCGUGGUGAGGGCUCUUGGGAGAUCCUCGGAAUCAUGCCUUGCUCCGAUCCUCCACGCCACGAUACCGCAAAGACCGUCAACGAAGCCAAGACCCUCGGUCUCUCCAUCAAGAUGUUGACUGGUGACGCCGUCGGUAUUGCCCGUGAAACCUCCCGCCAGCUCGGUCUCGGAACCAACAUCUACAACGCUGAACGUCUCGGUCUCGGUGGUGGCGGUACCAUGCCCGGAUCUGACAUCUACGAUUUCGUCGAGGCUGCCGAUGGUUUCGCCGAGGUCUUCCCCCAGCACAACAGCGUGGCUACCUCGUUGCCAUGA